AUGAAUACCACGGUGGAUGCAGCCUUGAUAGGAAAGAUGAUCCAUUCGAAAUGCAAUCGACAUCACUGUCGCAACGAUCGGAAGCUCCUGACACCCAAGUCUGCAGGCCCGCCGACUUCACUUCCUCAGGUUGAAGAGAGAUCCCCCCCAGAAUUCUUGCAUUGUGGUGCUUGGCCACCACCACCUAAGCUGUCUAAACUGGAGAGUGAGGGUGAUGAUGACAAGAUCUUCGGGCCUGAUGGGAAUAUGACCACAAAGAAAGAACUACUUCACGCCCAUACCAGUGCGAGUCCUUCAACCUUACCCGACAUCGAUGAGAGCAGUACCAGUUCUGAACUUGGAUCAAACAGCUCGGCAGAUGAAAUGACUAUCACCCCCGUAAGGUCUUGGACCGUGACUUGGAAAGAUCUCUCAGCGGCGGUGAAUUCUUGGAAAGUCAAAACCGACGGUAUCAAUCAAGAUGAAAAUGGAAAUGAGAAGGCGGCAGCAGCAUUGGCUAACGUCAUUCGUACUCUAGUCAAAGCUCCUUAUUCCGUGCUGAAACUCCUUGCCAGACACAAUGGCGAGGCCCCGAGUCUUCGUCGUCCGGGGGAAGAAGUGAAAGAGAAGUCUCCACGACAAUAUCUUUUCGAGCAAGAGAUCAUUGCCGAAGGUCAAGCCCGAGUGGAAAUCACCGAAUAUAUUGACACCCUGAUUGAUCAUGCCGAAUUUGAGCAAGGUUAUGAAUGUGUUUGGCCGCUAGAGGAUUAUCGUCGGAAAGGGUGGGCGAAGGAGAUGGUCGCGGCAUAUCCCGUCGAGUGUGCCGAAUUCAUCCAAAAUGUACAUGAACAAUCCCGCGGCCGAAGGAGAGACGAGUCAGAGACAGAUUGA